AUGGAAUCAAGAGUGAAGGAAGCAGAUCCUGAUAACGUCACCUACUCCAUCAUCAUCGAUAACACCACCCACUUCCUACAGCUCACCAAAAACCAAGACUUUUUGUCUCCAGAUUUUGCCGUAGUCACUCAUGAUGUGACCCAGGAUUCAGUGAAAACACACAAAGGAAAACCUACGUCGUGUCAUUACUAUGGACAUGUGGAAGGUUUUGAGGACUCGCUGGUCGCUUUGAGUACCUGCAAUGGACUCAGUGGCGUAAUUUUCAUCGGCAACAAGAGUUACGGCCUUGAACCCGCCUUGCAGUCCCUAACCAAUGAGCACCUCCUGUUUCCAAUAAACGACAGCAAAUCAGAGCCGUUUGUGUGCGGAACAGUUGAAGAUUCGGCUCACGGAGCAGAUACCCACAGGGAUGGCCUGCCAUUGACCUCAUUGAUACGGGAAAAACGAAGCUUGCCUCAGACCAGAUACGUGGAGUUGGUGUUAGUGGUGGACAAUCAAAGGUUUGUUUACAAGAAGAGAAACGUCACAGCGGUGAAGGAGGAGAUGGUGCAGCUCACCAACCUUUUGGACUCGUACUACCAGCAGCUGAACGUCCGUGUGGUCCUGCUGGGUGUGGAGAUUUUCGAAACAGCUAAUCCGUUCAAUGUGGACGGUACUGCCCAAGCUGUUCUACAAAGUUUUGUCAAGUGGAGGAAGAGCAAUCUGCUGCCGCGCAUCAGGAACGACAUGAGCCAGCUGGUCGUAGGAAGAUUAACACCCUACGAUAACAUGUACCUGGGCAUGGCCUACGUUGGAACCGUUUGCUCUGCUAGCAACAGCGGUGGAAUUAACGUGUUCAGCGACAACAGGCUGGCGUAUUUCUCAGUGGUCGUGGCUCAUGAGAUGGGUCAUAAUCUGGGCAUGAACCAUGAUGGUACAAAUUGUACAUGUGGAGGCGGUCCCUGCAUCAUGAGAGACAGCGUCAGCGGAUCCACCCGGUUCAGUCAGUGCAGUGAGAAUAGUUUGGAGGCGCUCCUCUUGAAGGGAGGAGGUGUGUGUUUGAGAAACCUGCCACCCCAGGACAGCAUCAUUUCACUGCCCAGAUGUGGAAAUGGACUCCUGGAGACAGAUGAGGAGUGUGACUGUGGCUCACCGGAGAACUGCACCAAUAAAUGUUGUGAUGCAGCAACGUGCAAACUCACGAAGGGUUCAGCAUGUGCUAUUGGAUACUGCUGCAAAGACUGUCAGAUUUUGGUGUCUGGAACCCCUUGCAGAGAAAUUGUCAACGAAUGCGACCUGCCGGAGUUCUGCAACGGCACAUCAGCUUUCUGUCCUUUAGAUUAUUACAUUAUGGAAGGCGUUACCUGUCAGAAUGGCACUGCGUAUUGUCACGAGGGUCGGUGCCAGACACUCGAUUACCAGUGCAAGCAGCUCUUCGGCCAAGAUGCAACAAAAGGCGACGAUAAAUGCUUCAGUUAUGUGAACACACAAGGCACCAAGUUUGGAAACUGUGGCUACACCGACACCGAGUCCGCCUACACUCCAUGUUCUCUGGCUAAUGCAAUGUGUGGGAAGGUGCAGUGCACAAACGUUAACCCCAACAAACCUCCGGCCGGUGCCGCCGUCAGCCUUGAGCCGAUUGAUGGAGGAAUCACAUGCAUAAAUGCUGACUUCAACCAGGGAUCAGAUAUUCUCGACCCAGCCUAUGUCAAGACGGGCACCGUCUGUGCUGAUGGCAAAGUCUGUAUGAACUUUCAGUGUACGAAUGUGUCCGAAUUCGUUAAGGAUCAGAAGUGUAAUGCUGUGGUGGACUGCAAUGGUAAAGGGGUGUGUAAUGAUAAAAGUCACUGCCACUGCAACAAUGGCUGGGCUCCUCCAAACUGCACUACAAGAGGUAGAGGAGGCAGCGUGGACAGCGGACCUGCUGAAAUAGAUUACUCACUGAGGGACGGUCUGCUGAUCUUCUUCCUGUUGGUGCUGCCCAUUUUGAUAUUUUUGAUUGUUGUUCUCCUCUACGUCUUCAAACGGGAUGCUUUUAACAGAUGCCUCUGGUGCUGCAAAAAGCCAAAGUAAAUGGACAAGUACAGGCGUGGUGUGUCUCCGUUUGCUGCUCCGUAGUGUCACAGUGGAACCUUUAUUUAAUUGACCUCUAUUUAACGGAUUUCGGAUUUAAUGGACAAAAUCUGGAAAACCAAGUGUCAGAUUGUUUAAAAUUCCAGCGAGAAGUGUACCAAGGCCAGUAGUUCAGUCCACUAGCUGGCGCAUGUCUCUCUGUUUACGUGAAUGAUUGGCUUUGUGUUGUCGGGAGGCUCGCUUUGUUCUCGCCCUUUUCUGUUUUUUGCUUAAUUUUUGCCGAGUUAUGCACCAGCAGGGCUUCAGACUCAGAAUAAUAGAUACUCAUAGGCAAAAAAAAAAACAUCUCCUCCACCACAAAAGGUAAAUGAAAUUUCUCCCCAGUAGUACAGUACAUCAAUUUUAAUAUUUAUUUACAGGUUUUACAUGACAUAUACAUUUUUGUUCAUUUUACUGUUUAUGUGCAUGUAAUGUCUGUAUGUUUUGCACUUUUGUGGAUCCUAGUGCUGUGUUUUUAUAUAUUUUGCACCCCCUGGAAAAAAAACCUUACUGUUUCGGACAAUCACAUUUUACGGACCAGUGCUCCCCACUUUUAGUUCGUUAAAUCGAGGUACUGUGUUCUUAUUAAUGAUUUUGCUAGCACAAAGAGAGUAAAAAGGUAAAAGUUAAUUAUUGUAGCGCUACCCAUAGUGGUGUCAGCACUGGCACCCAGUUCUGUUUUAAUCACAUUUAGACAUUAUGGCUUUACACAACAAACUCAGAUCACCUCUGAAAUUUCCAUCAGUGCUGUAGUGACAGUUUCAGACAACUGUGACAACAAGUGUUGAGUAGACAGUAUAAACUAAAAUUUAGACAUUAAAUGUCAUUUCUUAAUUAGUCUUAAUAAGCUCCAGUUGGGGGAUUAAUUAAAACAACAUUUAAUUAAAUUUCUCUCAACAUUUAAAAAGGUCGACAUUUUUUUUUUAGCUUUCUUACUGUUAUCAUUACUGUCAAGGUUUCUGGCUGGAAGCGGCCCAUCUGAUCAAUCCUACACAGCAUUCUGGGUUCUAUUCCCACUUCUGGUUACCAUCUGUGAGAAGUUUGGUUUCUCCUUCUGUCUCUGAUGGUUUCCUCUGGUUCCUCCAGUGUAACUGAGUGGCUAAAUUGUGCUUCCACGUUGUUGCCAGUGUUUCUAACAUGACUCUGUCUGGACUUUCUGACAGUUUGACUGGCUGCUACAAAACACAAACCUAUUAAAGUAUGUAAACCUAUUAUGAAGCUUUUGACUUUAACCACUGGUCUCAGAUAUACUGUAUGUUUAAGGAACUUAAUUAAACUGUCUAAUGUAUCUUAGCCUUUAGUUUGUAUGAAGGGAAACUGUCCAUUUAUUGUUUUAUGACAAAUAAAGCUCGAACUAUUUACUUUAAAUAAAAAUUUUUGCUAUUAUUAUGAUUAAUUAAAGUCAUUAAUUUGUUACACACAUGAUCACUAAUUCGUUUUAACAAGUGGAAAUGUGGAGCAGACACCAUGUUAAAUUCGCAUGACCUCUGCUGGUUGCUUGUCGAAGAGGUAACCAGUAGAGUCUAGGGAUGUAACGAUACUCUACCCACGAUGCGAUGCGAUUCACGAUACUGGGUUCACGAUACGAUUUUCCCCCGAUUUUUUUUAAACUGAAAUUGAAGACAAAU